AUGCUGUGUAAUCCGUACGGAAAAUUGCGUACGUCGGUUAUCAACAUAACCGCGCGAAAUCGCCGCUGGGGAGACGCUAUGACGCGUCGACACCGUAGACGACGAUGUCGUUGCAGCGAUACGGCACCCCGACGGCCGCGAUAUCGCCACUUUGUCUCUAGCCGGCGAUUCGAAUGGCAAGCGACCGGGCAACGGGCCUGCCAAUGGACGGACGAAAAACAAAAAAAACAAAAACACAUUCGGAACAAACGGCUUUUACGCCUGGUCGUCGUUGAACCGCGCGGAAAACGUACAGCGGCCCCGGCCGGUGACGCCGGAGUGUACCGUCCGGGUCUCUGUCGUCCGAAAUUAACGCGGGGCGGCCGCCGGUACCGUUCAACACGACCGUUACUGCCGCGUUACUGUCUCGUCGUCCGCGACGAAAUAUUACGUUUCGUGUCCCGUACGGGAUUCGGACACGCGGGGCCGCCCGUCGGUAUAUCAAAACAAUUCCGAAAUAUUUGCGCGCUGCCGCCGACCGCCGUCCGAUAUGCUCCGCCGGCAAUGUGUCCACAGCCCGUAGAAAACACUGUCGAUUACAGAAACGCGCGCUUUCGCAGACGGCUCCGGCGUCGUCCCGGUCCCGCAAUAGACGACCUGUACGCCCGAAAACUUUACCCCCGGAGAGCCGUCGCCGUCGGCCAAAAGGAAACGCGCGACCGACCGGAAAAUUAA